AUGCUCGAGUGUUUGAGUAUUUUAUGGGAUGCUCAAUAUCUACUAUUGUUUUCAGCCGAUGAUCGAUUAACCGUUUUUGUUACUCAUUGCGGUGCUGGAAGCAUGAUGGAAAGUGCAACAUUCGGGAAACCACUCGUCGUGAUACCGUUGUUCGCAGACCAACUGAGAAACGCGAAAUUGAUAGAAAAGUUUGGUAUUGGUGUCGUUGUGGACAAGGCGCACCUCCUUCAUGGAAACGUAUUCAACGAGUCCCUGAACUUGGUGAUGAAUGAUUCCAGAUAUCGAUCAGCUGCCCAUCGCAUGAGAAACCUUUUAUCUCAGCGACCAUUCACUCCAAAGCAAAAACUUAUCAGAACAGUGGAGUUGGCCGCUCAGUUUGGAGACUUGCAAGAGUUCAAAGUCGUCGGUCGAAAACUCGGAUUCAUAGUUUAUUACAAUCUUGACUUAUUAGCGAUUCUCUGUGCCAUCUUUUCAUUUAUUAUAGGCCUUGUGUUCUGUUUGUUUUACUUAGGUAUCCGAAAAUGUCUUCCAAGCGAGAAAAUGAAAAUUCAAUGA